AUGAUUCAAUAUUUUCAAGACUAUUAUGUGGAGUUAUUUUACUACAAGCCAUGGCCUCACGCUAUUCGCAACUUUUACAUAAUUUGGGCCACAAUUCUGUUGGGAUUUUGGAUCCCAUUAAUGGACGACCAGUUCUGGAAUAACGGGGAACCGUAUAAUAGGCUGAUCUCAGCCCUGUAUUACCCGUUCUGUCGCUUGAUUUGGACGUUAUGUAUAGCACUCAUGAUAUGGUGUUGUCUGAGCGGAAACGGAGGUCUUGUCAACCGAUUGCUGUCGUGGAAAGCAUUCGUGCCUUUGGCUCGACUCACAUAUUCUGUAUAUUUAACGCACGCAUGGAUUGUAUGGAUAUUCUAUAGCAGUCGAAGAGAACGAAUCGAUUUAAACUCUUUUUCAUUGUUGCUCAUAUUUUCGCACAACUUAUUGAUGUCAUAUAUAAUCGGAAUUAUAUUUUCUGUCGUGUUUGAGAUGCCGUGCAUUAAACUCAACAAUUAUUUACUUAAAUACUUAAAAUUAAGUGCCGAUAAAAAUGAAAGACGAAAACAAUUAGUCCCUAAAUUUCAUAAAAUAGAGGGCAAUACCAUUGACUUCGAUGGACAACGAUUUUGCAACACUAAUAUACAGCUAAAAUAA